AUGGAUUUACGUGUCCAGCGCAUGGCCGCCUCUCAGCGGGCUCUCGCGCUCCCGGAGAUUCUCAACCAUGUGUUUGCGCAGAAGGGCCAAGGUGACAUCUACUUCAUUUACAAUGACCCUAAGGAAUCUGAUCUUCUUCGAUGGGCACUUGUCAACAAAACCUGGUACACCGAGGCCAUCCGCUUGCUUUGGGCUCAUCCCAUGGAAACCCUCGAUCGAGUCAUGGCCACUAUGCCUCCCGACCGCCGCCAGUACUAUGCCAAUUUCGUGACCUGGGGUCAGAUCGUUUACAAAACUCGAUCUCAGAAAGAAAUCUUCGAUCUUAGAGGCCCACUUCACGGCAUCACUUUCCCCAGGAUGACUAGGAUGUUCGUCAGCAUCUUCACCAGUGACUUCUAUGUCAUUCCUGUCAAUCAUCCAUUUGAUUGGGAUCGUGACAUGCACUUUGAAAAGCGCAAGCCCAACUUCCCAGGAGAAUGUCACUUGGAUAAUCUCUUUGACCUCAUCUCGGCAGGUUACUCUUAUGCUACAUCACGCCUCAUUUGA